UCAAAAAUUAUGAUGUUUUUUCAUAUUUUAUGUCGCAAACUUUGAAUGAUUCUCACGAUGUGCAGGCAUAUUUUAGUUCGAAAUUAUGAAAAGACGUUCCUCCCCUCCCAGGGACACCCGAAAUAAGGUUCCUCGCCUCGAGGGUUUAGUGGAACCAGUUCCAAAAUUCCUAUCAAACAAUGCCAACAAUUUUAGCCAAAAUUUCCCUUUCUUCAGAGAACCAAGGGAAGUGGGCUGUUUCUGCCUAGAUGAGUCGAGACAAUAUCACAAUGACAACCAUCUGUUAAAGUUCUAUCGCCCUCCCUCAAACACGAAAAACCUACACCUUGAUCUGCGUCUUGGUUAUGACACUUUUAUAAAGCAAGACGAUGCUGGUAAGAUCAGUAGUCCAAUCGAUGAUUUACUGCGCUGGAUUCGGGAUCACCCAAACAAGUUUCUCCCACCAACAAUUACGGAUGCUGCUUCUCCUGAUGCCAGAAACCGUGGAAAGAUCUUCACAGAUUUCAUAUGCUGGCGUGGCCUGUUGACCAAGUUACUUUGCACUCCAUUUGAAGAAAGAGAAGGAUGGAUUGUGUCUGUGGUCAAGUUUCACGAUACCUACUACAUGUGCGAGUACGAAACACAGGAGAGAAUUGACGAGCGGAAUAAUACGUCUCAAAGACAGGAGGAGAUGUCAUAUUGGGGCUACAAGUUUGAGCAGUAUGUAGUGGCUUCCAAGCCACAUGGACAGCCAGAGAAUGCCAGUACUCCUGUGAAUAGCAACCCAGGGUACAAUGUGGUGGUGAGAUCCAGACUGGAGUCUCAUUCAUUAGUUUUUGCUGGUGAAGUAGACUGUUGUGAUCCAGAUAAUCCUAAGACUAUGGUUGAACUUAAAACAAGCAGACUGCUCACUCAUCCAAGACAAGAAAGUUCAUUCAUGAGAUUCAAGCUGAAGAAGUGGUGGGCCCAGUCAUUCCUGGUUGGUAUCCCCAAGAUCAUAUGUGGCUUCAGAGAUGAUGAUGGAAUUGUCAGGGAACUUAAAACGUACAGGACUAUGGAGAUACCAAAUAUGGUCAGAGACAAACCCAACAUGUGGAAUGCAGGAAUCUGUUUCAACUUUCUCAAUGCUUUCCUCUCAUUUGUGAAGAAAGUCAUGGUAAUGGAUAACAGUACCAGGUCUCCAUAUGUAUUCCGCUAUAAGCCAAAAGUUUCCAGAGACAAAGUGGUAUGGGAGUGCCACCCUCCUGAUUCGAUGUAUUCAUUUCUACCUGAUUGGUAUGUGCAGGAUGAUGCUGAACUUGCAGAUUGUUCCAAAUGAUGAAGGACAUGAUGGAAUGAAUAGUGGGUUCUGUACUAGAACUUGAGAAUACAAUGGAGAUGUUGUACAUUAACAUGUAAGGAAUGGUAAUGAAAUUAUAGCAUCUGUGUACAUUAUUGCGUAUUGCCAGCUGUUUUCUACUCUGUACAUGUAGAGGCUGUAAUUGUUUUAAUAAAAUACUUGC